UAUCUCUCAGAGAGUCAACUAAAGUACAUGUUUGAAAUGACAUGCAAUGCGCAACAAUCACUUCAAAGUUACCUCUUGCUACUUUACUGAUGCGAAGUGCUAUCGUUCAGACGCAUACGUGCUUGGCAAGUAUUGCAGGCGUACAACGGUCGACUUCAACUCUCGAUGGCGAUGAGUAGCAAUCGAGCUUCCGGCUCGUGGUUUAACGCGUAAUAUUAUUGGUACUGAAGAUAUAGUCAUCGAGAAAGCUUGCACAAACCAUUUUUUUUGUAAUUAACAUAUAAAAUAAUUUAUAUAUAACCUCUAAAUUAUUUAAGAUCCAAGUACUUAAAUCUCUUUUAGUGUUAAACGUGCUGAUUUUUCCUAAUCUAAUCUGAUGUUACAUGAAGACGAAGCUUCUCAACAAUCUGAUAAUAUCAUCUCCAACCCUUGUGCUAUCUUUACCUACGUGGACAGUGCGUGCAUAUAAGCGACUCCACAUUUAGUUAUUGGAAGAUUCUGUUUCCGGAGAAGUUUCCGAUGGUUUUGCACAUGAAUGCGCAGUAUUCGCAGUAUUCCAACAUGACGAGCUAUUCCGCGAAAUGUAAAUCGAAACUAUUAUCUGUCAGUCAAUGAAUCCCACGUAGUUUCAACGCAGGAAGAAACAAAGUUAAACGCAGUUUUUCUCUCGAUGAACUUUUAUGACAGAUGGAAAACGCAAUGCUGAAGGCUGAAGGCAAAUUGGUCUCGACUUUGCAGUCUACCUUGCAAAUUUCAUUACUUUCGAUUUUCCGACUUCACGUAAAGUCUGAAUCCACGCGCAAGCGUGGUAAGAGUUUCUUUCUGACAUUAUCUGUUUCUCUAACGAUCAGUUGUAUUUCAGCUCCCAUUUAUUACUUGUUAGAAGUCGCUCCGCGAUCACUCUGGAAAGGUAGCUCUCGCCACCAAGAAAGUGAUCCUUCAAAAUGCAAGACAUAAUACCGUCUCUCAACGUGUAUUAUGUACAGGAUCUGAAGUACGCUAGAAUGUUCGUCCCGAAUAUCCUGAACGCGCUCGGUAUCUGGCCGUCACUCGGCAAACGAAAAUCCAUUUGUAAGAGGCUCGUCGACUACUUGCUCAUUUUCUUAUCGUACAGUCUGAUAUUCGCCUCACUAAUACCCAGUAGUCUCUUCUGGGUGUUCAAGGGGACUAUUCGCACUCGCGUGCGAAUGUUUCUGCCUCUCGCAUACACGAUCGCGGCCGUCAGCAAAUACGGCAUUCUGAUACUCGGUCAGGAUCGGAUUAGACACUGUGUGAAAUACAUCGAAGAAGAUUGGAAGAACGUCGCCAACGUUGACGCGCGGAACAUGAUGCGUGAGUCCGCGAGAGUCGGUAGACGUCUCGUUGCGAUUUCCAUAUCGUUCUACUGCAGCAGCAUAAUGUCGGUUCGUUUGAUCCCGUUGCUUUACUUGGGAAAGAUUGUCGAUCAGUACAACGUUACCAUCAGAUUGCUGCCCACUCCGGCUUACUUGUUCUCGCUGGACGUACAAGCCACCCCCGUUUAUGAGAUAAUGUACUCGUUGCAAGGAGCGUACGGUAUCGUCACCGCAUCAAUCUCCACAGGUGGAAUCGGACUUAUCACCAUCUUCGUGAUGCACGCUUGCGGUCAGCUAAAGAUCUUAAUGAACUUGAUGAGUGAGUUCAGUGAAGAUCUGCAGCAGAAGGAAGUGGAUAAGAAACUAGCCAAUAUAGUGGAGCAUCAGAUCAGAAUACGCAAUUUUUUGCAAUUAGUGGAUCAUGCACUGUGUCAAAUUAGUUUCUUGGAAAUAUCGAUAGCUUCAUUAAUCAUGUCCAUUCAGAGUUAUUGUAUAUUAACGGAAUUCGAAAAUAGUAAUUCUAUGGUAAUAAUCUUUUUCACUAUUUCAUAUUGUACUGCAACAAUAAGUGUAUUUAUAUUUUGUUACGUAGGCAAUCAACUUAUUCUGCAGGCGGAGAAGGUAGCGCUUAUGUCCUACGAACUUGAAUGGUAUCGGCUUCCAGACAGGAAGGCACGCCAAUUACUGUUAGUAAUGAUCAUGUCUAACAAACCGAUGACGAUCACCGCUGGAAAUUUCUUGGAUCUGUCAUUAAAGACGUUUUGCGACAUUGUUUUAACGAUGAUAUUCCUCAUUCAAAAUGUUUCAAUAUGGAAAAAUAUAUUUGAAAUAUAAUUUUUAGAUUAUGAAAACAAGUUUCGCUUAUCUUAAUAUGCUUCGAAAUACAAUUGGCUAAGACUUGUUGCAUUGAUUGAUGAAGCUUAUGACUUAAGCCACAUAUCAUAUCAGUAUUACAUGUGCUGUAUUAUAUAUAUGCGUAAUAGAAAUAUUUGAUGAUGUACAGGAUGUCCGGUAAGGAAGAUUCCGACUGUCGAAAUAAUAGAGCAUGUUGAGUUAAGUAUACAAGUCCUACAAACUCGACGGAAAAUUAAAGGAUAUAAAGUAAAAAUAAUUGUCAAAUGAGAGCGCAUCGAGAUGGGAUACUUUAGUUACGGUAGCGAUAUAUUAAAAAAUAGUAGAAAAGUCAAUUGUGCAUUGUCUUCCUUUACGGGUGUUAAUUACUCAUUACAAGGUAACAAGUACCAUUGGUCUGUCCAAAGUAUUUCGCCUCGUGCGUGUGAGACAUACCCUCUGUUUUGAAUCUUUCUUAUUUAAUAUCUCAAAAUGUCACGUGAUUGUUUGAAGAACGAUAGAGAACUCAACUCAACUCGCUCUAUGACCACAGUUUUUUUAGCAUUACCGAAUUAUCUAUUAUCGAACACCCUGUCUAUUCACAUAAUUUAUGUACUUCGUCGUUACAUCUUAGUUCAAUAUACUGACAACA